GUGUACCAGAACUCACACAAUGGCCGGUCGCUCCAAGAAGAAGGGCACCUCUGGUGCGGCGAAAAACUACAUCACCCGUACUCGCGCCGUGAAGAAGCUGCAGAUUUCGCUCCCCGACUUCAGAAGAUUAUGUAUCUUCAAGGGAAUCUACCCCCGCGAGCCGCGCAACAAGAAGAAGGUCUCCAAGGGCUCUACCGCUGCCACCACCUUCUACUACACCAAGGACAUCCAGUACCUGCUGCAUGAGCCGCUGCUGGCCAAGUUCCGCGAGCACAAGGCGGUUGCAAAGAAGAUUGGACGCGCGCUCGGUCGCGGCGAGUCUGGAGAUGCGGCGCGCCUCGAGAAGAACCUGAUGCCCAAGGUCAAGCUCGACCACAUCAUCAAGGAACGCUACCCGACCUUCGUCGACGCCCUCCGCGACCUCGACGAUGCCCUCUCCAUGCUCUUCCUGUUCGCCAACCUGCCCUCCAGCGAGCACAUCCCUGCGAAGACGAUUGCCCUCUGCCAGCGCCUGACCCGCGAGUUCGAGCACUAUGUUAUCACCUCCCACGCCCUGCGCAAGUCGUUCCUGUCGAUCAAGGGCAUCUACUACCAGGCUACAAUUCAGGGCCAGGACAUCCUGUGGCUCGUGCCAUACCGUUUCGUGCAGCGCACGGGUGGAGACAUCGACUUCAGGAUCAUGGGCACGUUCGUCGAGUUCUACACAACACUGCUUGGCUUCGUCAACUACCGCCUCUACACCUCCGUCGGUCUCGUAUACCCUCCCAAGUUCAACGCCAAGAGCGACGAGCAGGGCGGUGAGCUUGCGGCUUUCCAGCUUGAGGGCAAGGGUGUCGACGCAAACGGUGGCGCAAACGGCGAGGACGAGAACGCAGAGAUCAACCCCGAGGCGCAGGCUAUCGCAGACAGGAUCGCAGCUGAGGGGGAUGUCGAAGAGGAGGUCGCCGAAGCAAUUGUCGCCGCUGCCGGGGACGCCGAGGACGACGACGAAGAGCAGGCGACUGAAGGCAUCGACAAGUUCGAGCCAACCGCUCAGGACGGCGACGUCCUGCCCCAGCCCCAGGCCAGCCGCGCCGAAGCCGGCUCCCUCUUCGCACCCUUCACAUUCUACCUCUCCCGCGAGACUCCCCGUGCAUCCCUCGAGUUCAUCCUCCGAGCCUUCGGCUGCAAGCGCGUAGGCUGGGACUCGAUCCUCGGCGACGGCGCCUUCACAACCAACGAAUCCGACCCCUCCAUCACCCACCAGAUCAUCGAUCGCCCCUCGCUCGCCAACGGCGCCGCCAUCCCCGUCUCCAACGACUCCGAAGACGGCGCACCGAAGGCGCAAUGGCCGCGCUCCAUGAUGCCCGGCCGCACAUACGUCCAGCCCCAGUGGGUAUGGGAUUCCAUCAACCAGGGCAAGCUUCUGCGCCCCGACCUCUACGGCCCUGGCGCCGAGCUCCCACCCCAUCUGAGCCCCUGGGUCAAGCCCAAGAAGGGUGAGUACGAUCCUAACCUACCCCUUGCGGCCCAGCAGCCCGAGGGCGAGGCCGAAGCGUUCGAGGACGAGGCCGACGAGGAUGCAUUCGACCCCAAGGACGACGACGCGGACAUGGACGCCAUCGUCGACCGCGCCGGCUCCGUCGAAGUCGGCGAGGGCAUGGACGUCGACGGGUCCUCCGACUCCGACUCCGACUCCGAUGCUUCCUCUGCCGACGAUGCAGCACCAGCCGCCGAAGACGACGACGAGUCCGACGCCGAAUCUGACAUCUCCGAGGGCGAAGCCGCACGCCUACAACACCAGGCCGAGCUCGAGGCUGAGGCAACAGGCAAAACACUCAAGAAGGCUGCACCCACCAAGAAGGAGCAGAACGCCGCUAUCCGCAAGAAAGCCGACAAGGCGCGGAAAACAGAAGAGGAGGAGCGCGAGAGGCAGAAGAUGAUGCUGAGCAACAAGAAGAGGAAGCUGCUCAAGCGCAUCGAGUACGGCGCUAAUAAGCGCGAUACAGAGUCUGAGGGCCUGAGGAGAAAGAGGGCGAAGUUGGAGAAGGCGAAGGCGGCUGCUGAUGCGUUGUAGAGCUGCAUAAACAAAAUGGGAUGGCUAAGGCGUUGAGG